AAUAUGAUAUCUCCUACAAAGUACUCCUGAGGCUCUUUUGGGUGCAACCGAGGGACAAAGGCAGAGGGAAACUAAGGAGGCGGCCAAUAUAUUCUGGGUCAUUUAUUGAAGACAGAGGGAUCCUGUGUUCCUGUGACCUCGCUGCGUUCUCACACAACAACAGCCUCCAACAGCGAAGGUAUAGAGAGUGGACCGGACUGACUUCUGCUGCAACAGGAACUAUCAGCUGGCAAAAUGGGGUGUUUUGGAUUUCUCAAAGUCAUGAUGUUUGCUUUUAAUGGCCUCAUCUUUCUGGCAGGGAUUGCAAUCCUUGGCGUGGGGAUCUGGGUGAAGGUGGACAGCGGCUCCAUCUUCAACUUCCUCGGAAAAAUGGAAAAUGUUCCACCAGAACUUAAUCAGGUGCUCAACGUGGGAUACCUGCUGAUUGCCAUCGGCGGUCUCCUGGUCAUCAUCGGCUUCCUCGGCUGUUGUGGGGCCAUCAGGGAGAGCAGGUGUAUGCUGCUGAUGUUUUUUAUGAUAGUUCUGCUGGUCUUCAUCGCCGAGGUCGCGGGGGCGGUGGUGAUUUUGGUUUUCAGACCGCUGGCAGAUGACCUGUUGGAAAAGGUUGGCACAGCAGCAGUUAAGAACAUCAAGAAAGACUAUGGGAACAAUGAUGACAUUACUGGACUGUGGAACACGACUAUGGAGACGUUAAAAUGUUGUGGAUUCUACAACUACACAGACUUCUCGUCAUCCCCAUAUCAUGUGGCGCAUAACGGCAGCUAUCCACUGCAGUGCUGCCAGUCCACCAGCCAAUGUGAUGCUGCUGAGGCUGAAAGAAAUAUAGUAAAUGGGUGCUUCACAAAGAUCAAGCAGUUGAUUGAUGACAACACAGUCGUGAUUGUGGCGGCCGCUCUUGGGAUUGCUGCCCUGGAGAUAUGUGCCAUGAUUGUCUCGAUGGUACUCUACUGCAGAAUAAAGUCCACAAGGGCCUAGUUGUGAGCAGUAAUGGAUCACUUUAAUCACUGAAGUCCUUUUACUUCCUGCAUCGCCGUCCACGGAGUCUCUUCGGCGAAAGCGUCUACUGUAGUGCCAGGUCUUGUGCAAUUGAAGGCAACUGAAUGAUAUUUUUUUUACUGUGUUUUAAUUUAUCAAUACUAUUUGAUUUAUGGAUCUAAAAUAAUCAUUUCUAAAGAAAUUCUCAACAAAUCCUAAUAGCCUCACAUAUGUUAUUGUAUAUAUCAAAGAGGGUUAAACCAUUAAACACGUGUCCAGCUGUUGGGGAAUUACAUGACGCGGUUUCUGUAAUAAUGAAACAAAAGCUGAUUAUCGUGUUAUAAUGAGGAAGUGGUUUAAGAUGUAUAAAAGCUUCUUGUACGAUAACGGCAGGGGUUGGACAAUAGUUGUUUGUAUGUUGUUAAGUGAUUCAUAUUUACAAUAAAAUCCCUAUAUUUCCAUGUAAAA